CUUACAUGAUCACUUAUAUGACAUUAGAUUUUAUGAUUAAUGUGUUAAUAUCUGUGCGGUGAAGUUGCAAUACACAUAGAAUUUAGAAUUAUCGACAUUUCGCCGCACGAGGUGUCAUGUGUAAUUUGUAGGACAGAAAUCGACAAUUGGAUCAUUUGUACAACUGCAAAAACUUGAAAUUCUCUUUCCACACCAUUGAUUGUGAACGAGAAACAAUUUUUCCAAUCAACUCGGAACGUCAUUCGAUGUGCACAAUUAAAAAAAAGAUCAAUCCAUACAUACAUCGUUGAAACAUAUCCUUGAUACAUUUCGUCAUUGAAAAAUAAAUAAUGCUCAGUAUGAAAUAAAAUUUCUUCUUAUCAAAUUAAAAUAUUAUUGUUAUUAAAAUGAUAGAAUCUGAUCACAGUGAAAUUGAGGCAGAAGAUAUGGAUAGACUACAACUAUCGUCUACUUCUGUAGAUGAUAGUUCAAAAAAAAGGCCAAGAGAUUCUGAAGAUGAAAUAGAUUUAUCUAAAAAACGCCAAUGCUUAUUUAAUGAACAGUCGGAAGAAAUAUUAGAGAGCGAGAACUCUGAAAUUAUUUCAGAAAAAAAUAAUAUAGAGAGAUGCUAUGUGAAAGUGGAAAAAUAUAAAUUGUAUCAAGAAAAUCAGCAAAGUGUACAAGAGAUAUCUCUAUCUGAAUCAGACACGGAUGGGAAGAAAAAGGAGAAACAAGGAGAUAAUUUGAAGCAAAAAAAUGAAAGAAAAACUGAGAAUAAUAUUACUUUAAACAAAAAUUCUGGAGAAAUAAGUAUUAAGGAGGAAAUUGUGGAAAACAUGGAUAAUUCAUUUCAAAAGUCUAUUACAAAUGCAAGUAUGAUAUCUAUUCCUGAAAACAAGAAAGAAAGAACAGGAGAUGAGAUUAAAGAAGAAAAUGGUAAAACAAUGACUAGAGAAGAAAAUAACAAGGAGGAUGAAAUGAAAAAACGACAUAUCGCUAAGAAAUGUACUAUCGAUACAGAAGUGGUAGAUGGACUGGAGCUUUUCGUGGAAUGUGCGAGUGACAGGGAAGAAUCUAGUUCUGAGAGUGAAGAUGAAAAAGAUGUGAAACCACGACCGAAGACAAUAAUCGUGAAUGCAGAGCCAAAUGAGUCAGAAUUAGAUUGUUCAUCAGAAGAAGAAAAGCCUGAUUUGCAACAGAUCGCUGAUACAUUGAAGAUCAAAUCGGAAAAAAGCAGGGAAAAAGCAGCGAAGAAAAAAGGUUCGCGAACAAGUUUUAGUAAAUUGAAGAUUUCUGAAUCAGAGGACAGUCAGAAUAGCAAUUCAGACGAGGAUUAUAGUCCACGGACGAAAAAGAAAACGACAAAAUCUCCAGCUACGAGAAAAUCGAUAACUGACAAACAUCGCUCGGUCGAAUCAAAAAAAAAACGAGGUAUAAGAAGUUCUCAUCCAAAAAAUACCGAAUGUCUAAUGUCCGACGAUGAGGAUAUGACUGCAGCAGAGAAAGCUAAUAAAACAACUGAAAUUAAGAAUGGACUGCAAGAAGAAUUAUCGAACACAGAAUCGUCCAAUAAAGAUGAUGAAAGUGAUAAUAAUUCCAGAAAAGAAGAGAGAUUUGUGAAAAGUGGAAAGGGAAGCCGUAGUAAUGAUAAAGUAAAUAAACAGAUACAGAAAUUGAAGAAAUAUUUAAAGAUUGCUGGUGUGAAAGUUCAAUCGUACAAUCGCAUUUGGGCCGAUUGUAGGAAUAAUGCUGCAAAAGUUAAUCGUCUGAAGGAAUUAUUAAAGAAAAACGGUGUUAGUGGUAAACCAUCGUUGGAAAAAUGUAAACGUGUGAGAGAAGAGAAUGAAAAGAUAAAGGAGGUAUCUGAAUUGGAUAUGUCGAACAUUAUAUCUGAAGGACGAAUUACGCGCGCACGAAGAAAUAUGGAUACUGUUAAAAAGAUACUUUCAAACACAUCAUCACGAUAUCGAGAACAUAACACUUUUAGGCGUAUUCAAACUGUUGUUGAUAGUGAUUCGGAAUAGAGGACAUAACAUACUCUCAUGAUCCAUAAAUAUUGAAUAUAAUUAUAAUAUAAAUAAUUUAACGGCGAAUUCGGCACACAUGCACUGACUUCGCUCUAGUGCUGCUCUAACAUGUUCUGCGAGUGCAGAACUACUUUAAUGCUAUGCCAAAUUGCACUGUCAGAAAUGUCGAUGCAACAUUUUUUAAACUCGUUCAGUUCAUUCAAUUGGCCUAAAUAUAAAUUCAGCAUUACACAGUUUCCAUUUGCCGAUUACGAUAAUGUUAACGCAUUGAAACAGUGUGCAUAAACCGAAUGCGUGGCACUGAAAAAGUUCGCACUCGGUGUGCACUAGUACGGUCUGCCGAAUUCGCUAUAAGGUCGGAAUCAGACUAUGUAUUGAAGAUUGAGAUUAAAGAUUAAAGAUUGAAAUUUCACCAAUGAAGACAAAGAAAUUUUGGCUUCUUUUGUUCUGAUCCAAACUUCAAUCUUUCAUUCUUCAAUACGUAAUCUGAUUCCGGCCUAAGUAUUUAAACAUCAGAGAACAAGUGCCAAUCAUGUUAUGUCGCGCGCGCGCGCGCGCGCGCGCGCGCGUGUGUGUGUGUGUGUGUGUGUGUGUGUGUACACAUGAACGCUGUCCUGUAGACAUCUAUGUCCACAUCUAUGUAGACUGUUUUGUGUUUUUAAAUUUUCAUAUAUCAUAUUCGUUAUCAUGUUUCUCUCAUUAUAGUGUGCAGUUAUCGAUCAAUUAUUAUAUAUAGUAAUUUUCAUGUACCGCGUGUGACAUCAACAACAUUGGUCAGAAAUGUCAUUAUAUCGAGCUACCUUCUCUAGCAGCCACUACAUUUAUCAGUACAUUUCUUCUCCAACAAGCAUUACAUUUAUAAAUAAAAUGCAAUCCAUCAACGCGCUCCUCACGCGCAUCUACGUGCCUAGAAAAGAUAAUGUGACAGGACUGAGUGAACACGCGAUAUUUUGAUAUGUGAAAAUACGGAGACAAAUUUUUAUUUUCAUUGUAUUGACUUAUUCCCUACUUAUAGAUAAGUUGCUGAUAGCUUGUAUACGAAGAAGGUGAUUUUGGAAUUUGUAUAACACUGGAAUUUGUAUAACCUAUUUGGUACGAAUAAUGAUAAUUGUGUACAUAAAGAAAAAUACUAAACGUAAAAACAAGAAAUUCUAUCAGAUUUAUACUACCAAAU